AUGAGCACCUCACCGUUGUCCAAAGAGGAACGCGUCUUUCGAAAUCAGCUCUGGUGCGAACGGAUACAACAGCAGCAGUACGUUCGGGAGAGACCUACGACGGACGAGGGCGAUCGGCCCUCGUCGGGGCCCGGUUCCAGGUUACGCCAGCGAUCAAGGGGUCGGGGAUUCCGUAACCACCGCCAUUUCGGUCCGGAGCUGGGUGAUGGAACCGGUCAGGAUAACGACAUCGACGACACGCUGUCGGAGUUUGCCGCUGGUUGGUAUCCAACGUCCCGAACCGGCAACCGAGCGUCGGUGAUACGGCCGUCGACUUUGAAGAAGCUAAACGCGUUGCUGGAUGCGUACCAGGAGGAACGGACGGGUUUGGCUAAGGGCCAGAGCAUGCUCGACCUGACGCGUGUCGGUGUCGAUGCAUCCAGCGAUGACGAACGUCCAAUGCGACUCCCGAGAGUGUGUCUUGUUGAGGAGGAAACACCCCAACCGGAGGUCAGGAACUCCGAUGAAGAUCCUGUUGAGAAGUUGCAACCAUCGGCGCCACCCAGUACACCGGUGAAAGCGCUUAUACCGGCUCAUCGGUCAUCCGCCAUGGGCAUCCAGUUGGUGGAACAGCUGAUCACCGUGUCGCUGUUUUUGAGCGAGAAAACUCUCAAACAGACGCUCAAUGUGCUGAAAUUCAUGCGAAGACACUUGAAACAGGUGCUGCAGUUCCUGUGGGAGCGGUUCUUGCAACCUUGCUUUGCACCAGGAACGAUUCACGGAGGUGUUCGUGAGAUGCUUACACUGGUUGUGGUGGUUCCAGUGGUUACGUUGCUCGCCACAAUCUACGGUAUCGUCUGUGUGCUUUAUUGGAUGAAUCGGUGCUUUUUGAUUGAAACAAAUCACUCGUGA